UCAGGGCCCCUCCCCGAUCCCAGGAUGCACCGGGGAACAGGCCUGGCCGCUCAGGUUGUUAGGAAGAUGGCGUCCUCUGGGGCGGAGCCGCAGAUCCUGGUACAAUACUUGGUGCUUCGAAAAGAUCUAUCGCAGGCUCCGUUCUCCUGGCCAGCGGGCGCACUGGUAGCGCAGGCUUGUCAUGCAGCUACCGCAGCAUUACACCUUCACCGCGACCACCCGCACACCACGGCUUACCUUCGCGAGCUGGGGCGCAUGCGUAAAGUGGUUCUCGAGGCUCCAGAUGAGACCACCCUAAAGGAGCUGGCUGAGACCCUGCAACAGAAGAACAUUGACCACAUGCUGUGGCUUGAGCAGCCAGAGAAUAUUGCCACUUGCAUUGCACUCCGACCAUACCCCAAAGAAGAAGUGAACCAGUAUUUGAAAAAGUUCCGAUUGUUCAAAUGACUGCUGCUUUGAUAUGGUUGAAUAUCAACUGGGCCAGAAAUAGAAUUCCAUUCAUCCCUGAGCAUCAUGUACUCCUUUUACUCUCAGCUUACUCUUCAGUUGUGGUUUCUUGAGAAUCCCACACAUGUUCGAAUUAAAGUUGUCAUUAAUAAGUA